CCCUGGCUUCCUCUCUCCCUUGCAGGCCUUUUGAAGCACACCACAUAUACAGCGACACAUAUGCUUUCAAUCUCAGAAUCGGGAUCGCUGAACCCUGCAGGCACACACAUGUAAGUCGCACAUUUUAAUUUGUACCCAGGUUGUGCAAAGGAGAGCACCGUAUCAAUCGGAUCAAUUUCGCCAUGCUUGACUGAUGGAGCUACGCUUUUUCAAUACUGGGGCAACCACUCUUCUCCGAGGCCAGCAGUGCAGCAGUGAGGAGGAUUCCUCUGGAUUUCCCUCUUUUCCUCUACUGACUAUGGUUCAACUGCCCAGCCCAGCCCUAUCCUGGCGGCGUUCUAAUUAGAUUCCUCAGCCAGAGUAUCCGACAGUAUCAGGGAGCGGCACCUUGUCAGUUAUCACUCUUUCUCUCAUCGGCUCACCCCAAUCUAGGGACGUACACUGCUUAAUGGCGGAACAUGGAAGACAGGAUGACUUGAAACCAUGCCUACUUGAUAUAUGAAACUGGACUAUGUGCUAAACCAUAUCUAUAUCCAGCAAUGUCAGCAAGGGGAAAGUGGUUUUUGAAUUGUGCUGGCUGAAGGUGAGGUCUUCACUUAUGAUAGUCAAUCUUUAUUGACUUGAUUGUGCUGGCGUCAGAUGCCAGUGGGAUGCAUGGGAUGCCAGUUCCCGUGGCAGCAGUGGCGAGACGCUUAGUACCUAGCCCCUCCCCUUCUUUCUCUUUAAUGUCUAAAGAGUUGUUUUAAUGGAGUUUGCAUGCCUGUGACGUGAAACACGCUACAGGUGUGAAGACCAAACAUCAUUUGACAUGGGAUGGUUAUGCAUGGGUGUUGACGCGAACAAAAGAUGUUAAGCUCUGAUGGGUUGUGACUUAAUUGUAGAUGAGCUGCCUGACUGUGUUCAUUCGUCUAUUAGCAGCUGAUCUGGGACCUGUUACACAGAUGUACUGUAAGCUUUCCCACAGGAAUUUAUGCAUUACCUUGCCUAUGCGAUGCUAGCACUGCAUAGUGCAGUGAUCAAUAAUGUAUACUAAAGAUAUUCAGAGUAGCAGGUGUUUCGAAGGCAUCAUACAUGCAUAAAUACAUGUUUAGACAUGAUUUUCUCCAGUUUUUAGUUGCAUGCAAGCUAACGAUUAGUCCAUCCUAAUGAUGCAUCCCGAUGCAGAGUUAUUGAGCAUGUGCGUGUGUGCUCACAUGAGUAUGUCUUUGUAUGUCUGCAGUGCAGUUUUAUCGUCGUUCUCACCUUGAGGAAUAUCUACAGUGGAUUUUAUAAUAGUGUGUCUUUGAGUACCGUGACAAAUGUCCUGAUAUUUAACACAUAGCUUGUGAAAUGGGCUAAAAGGCACCAGUUUUUCUUCAGUCAGUGCUGCAUCAUCUCUGCAUCACGAGGGAGUGAAAAAAAAACAUCAAAUGCCUUGCCGUAGGAUUUUAAUAUUUUAUAAAGGACAGUAACCUAUAUUCAGCAUCAUGUCCUAGAGGCUUACUAGGACCUUAAGUGAUAUUUGGUUUAGGUUAACUGCGAUAUUGCCUCAAUGACAGAAAGAGAAGACCAAGCAACAGGAGAUAUGAUUUCUGUCCACAUCUACAGUUGAGACAUAAUGUCCUGGGAGAACCUGUAUCAAGCCAUUUUGCCAUGGUUAAUACAUCUUGUCGUGAUUUUUACUCCAGAUGAGUCAUUAACCUAACAUUUUAAUUUUCCUUACCCGCCUCAGACUGACUGUUCUGCUUCUAUUGUGGACAUCACUUUAUUUCCUUUUGGCUCAUAUUUAUUUACUCUGUCCCUAUGAGAUAUGGGGAGCUCCCUUGGUUGUGUAAAACAACCCAGGGAUGCUGGGCCAGGUGGUGCUGCACCACUAUCACCCAAAAGAAAACUUCGCUUCAGGAGAAAACGAAAGGCAAAACAAAAGUUAAAAGGUGCUGAAGGGGAGGAGAAGAGAAGCUGUGUUCUUGAAGACAAGGAAAGUGGAAGUGGUGACAUCACAGAGGAGUCUACGACAAGAGCCCUUGAUUCAGCUAAAUUGGUAUCUGGACAAAUAACUACAGAAACUGAAACACCCACCAAUGUUGUCCUUGUUCCUGGAAUGGCCCCAAUAUUUGGAAGCACAGGGACAUUGCGGGGCAGCAAGAUGGCCAUUCUUUCCCCAGAUCCCAGUCCAGCUUGGCUGGGGACACUUCGCCAGUUUGAGGUAGAGGGACUUAGUGAAGAGUCUCAUGCUGAAUUAGAGCAAGGCAACACAACUCCUGGAGGAGGAAGAGUGUGUAAGGUUCGAGAGCGAGUUCAGGGGGUGUUAGAAAGACCCUGUCUUUUACGCUCCAAACGUGGUGACCUGGAUAUAGAGGAGGAAGGAGGAGAUGUACAUGGGCAGAGUGAACUAAUGUUUGGUGAGCCUUCGGAAACUGAGAAGAAGGGAGUUGUUCACAUUCGUGAGUUUGGAGGGCAACUUUGUGUGGUCCGAACUGUGUAUCCAAGGGACUAUGGGUCGCCCGUCUGGCGUGACAAAGAACUUGAGGUCCAUUCUGAACCUCCAGCUGCAUCUCCUGUUACUGGAGGCAUUACAAAAAUACAAGUGUCCGCAAAUCAAGGGCGACCACCCGGGAAGAAUGACUCUGCCAAACCAGCAACAGCUGCAGCUCUGGGAAAAAAAGUAAAAGAGUUCCUAUUGGACAACUCUGCUCAAGUAGCUGAGGGCGUUGGCCCCACACCACAAGACCUUCAGUCUUCAGGUUAUGCUAGCGAUGUGCCUCUCACCUCACCCGAGACAGGAGGUGGUGUUCAGACUGACUGGGGGAGCUCUUCUGAAGUGCUUGAUUCUUCUGUGCUUGAGAGUCCCAUCUCCCCCCAAGAUAUACCGCCUCAGCCUUCCACCCAGAUUUCUGAGAUCUAUGUGAGCGGUGAGUCAGGGGACCUCACGGCGAAAGAGAAGCUGCUAAUAUGGAGUCAACAGGCAACAGAGGGCUAUCCCGGUCUCCGUUGUACCAAUUUCUCCUCCAGUUGGAGCGAUGGACGCUUGUUCAACGCUCUUCUGCACAGAUACAGGCCGGACCUGAUUGACAUGGAAGUGGUUGCGCAACAGAGUAACCGUGAAAACCUGGAACAGGCCUUUGAGAUUGCAGAAUCGUUAGGUGUAACUCGACUUCUAGAUGCCGAAGAUGUUGAUGUGCCGUCGCCAGAUGAGAAAUCUGUCAUCACGUACGUCUCCUCUAUCUACGAUGCUUUCCCCAAGAUCCCAGAGGGUGGAGAAGGCAUUGCAGCGCAUGAGGUUGACCAGCGAUGGACAGAGUACCAGUCUGGCUUUUCUUCUCUGCUGCAGUGGACCAGGCAACACACGGCCAUCAUGGCCAACAGGAGCUUCCCCCACAAUCCUGUGGAACUCAAGGCACUUUACAAUGAAUAUGUCCACUUCAAAGAAACAGAAAUCCCUGCAAAGGAGAGAGAGAAGAGCCACAUUGAGCACCUUUAUAAGCUUCUGGAGGCGUGGAUAGAAUUCGGGCGCAUUAAGCUGCCUCAAGGGCUACACCCUAAUGAUCUGGAGGAGGAAUGGGGAAAACUGAUCCUGGAGAUGUUGGAGAGAGAGAAAGCACUGAGGCCGGCUGUGGAGAGGUUGGAGCUACUCCUACAGAAGGCCAAUAAGAUCCAGAACAUGGCACUAGACUGUGAGGAGAAACUCACGUUGGCAAAGAACACUUUGCAGGCUGACAUGUCUCAGCUAGAGAAUGGGCAGCCGGUACGGUGUGAGAAUGAAUUGGGGAUGUAUCUGCAGGAAUGCGAGGAUUUAGUAAGACAGCUUCAUCAUGACCUGCAGGUCCUCAGAGAUGAGAAGUACUAUCAAGUGGAGCAGCUGGCUUUCAGGGUGUCUUGUCUGCAGGAGGAGCUGGUCUCUUUGCGCCUGCAGUGUGCCAGUGUGUACAGGAAGGGUCAUUUCUCCACAGGGGGUCUGCUGGGAGAGCAUGCGGGUCAGAGGGGUUCCUCAGGCGGUCUAGCUACACUGGGAGCACAGACUCUUCUGGGUGCGGUGGGUGCUGCGGCGUCCCUGCUCAGACGGCCGAUGUCUCGUGCAGACCUGGUAGCCAUGUCUUCAUCUGAGGACGAAGGGAGUCUGCGCUUCAUCUACGAGUUGCUAGGGUGGGUGGAAGAGACGCAGGACCUUCUGGAGCGAGCCGAGUGGGGUUCUGAUCUGCCAUCUGUAGAACAGCAUCUUCAAGACCACCACAUCAUUCACACAGCAGUGGAAGAUCUUCUCAGUAGCCUCAAAGAGGCUCGAAACUAUGAGUCAAGGGUCGCGCCCAAUUUACGUAGCAGUUACUCUGAGACUCUAUCCAAGCUGGAGAACCAGUAUUGCAAACUGCUGGAACAUUCGUCAUGGCGACUGCGUUGCCUAGAGAGCCUUCGAGCUUUUGUGUCCCACUGCACUGAGGAGCUGAUCUGGCUCAAUGAGAGGGAGGAGGAGGAGCUGGCCUUCGACUGGAGCGACAGCAACACCAACAUGGCUGCCAAAAGAGAGCAAUAUGCUGAUAUGAGGUCAGAGCUGGAGGAAAAACAAGAAGUGAUGCACUCUCUCCAGGAGACAGCUGAUCGCCUGUGUCAAGAGAACCACCCAGCCAAACAAACAGUGGAGGCCUACAGUGCUGCCCUGCAGACGCAGUGGCAGUGGAUCAAAGAGCUCUGCAUAUGUGUAGAGCAGCAUCUCAAGGACAACACUGCCUACUUCCAGUUUACGAGCGAUGCGCGGGACUGUGAAAGCUAUCUACGUCAACUGCAAGACACCAUUAAGAGACAGUACACCUGUGAUAAAAACAGUAGACUCGGUAGACUGGAAGACCUGCUGCAGGACUCCAUGGAGGAGAAAGAACAAUUAAUUGAAUACCGCAGCACGGUGGCCAGCCUUGUAGGCCGAGCCAAGUCUGUAGUCCAGCUCCGUCCACGCAGUGCAGAUAGUAACCUGGGCACCACCACACCAAUUCGUGCCAUCUGUGACUACCGACAAAUAGAGGCCAACUCUCAGAUCACAAUCAGCAGAGGAGAGGAGUGUGUACUGGAGGAUAACUCUCAGAGGACUAAGUGGAAGGUCAUCAGUCCUACAGGAAAUGAGGCCAUGGUGCCAUCUGUGUGUUUCAGCAUUCCUCCUCCUAAUCAGGAGUCCAUCGACACUGCCAGCAGAAUGGAGCAGAUGUACCAGAAUGUGAUGUCUCUGUGGCACCUACUGCAUGUUAACAUGAAGAGCGUGGUUUCUUGGCACUACCUGCAAAAAGACAUACGAAAUAUUGCGUCCUGGAGCCUGGACACAAUGCGCUUACAGGCUCCAGCAGAGAGGCAGCAGGUUUUGGACAACCUCGAUGUCCACUUAUCCGACUUCCUUACGGACAGUCGAGAGAGCUCCCUUUUCACUCCAACUGAACGACGUGAGCUAGAGAGAGAAGCCGAGAACUGCCGUGAACAUUGCCAGACACUGCUGGUCUCUUUGGAGACAGUGGAAAAGGAUGAGCUGGCCUCUCGUGCUUACCUCUCCGAGCUGCAGAGCAUCAAGUCCCAUCUGGAGGAUGCAGAGAGCAGACUGAUGCGUGGCAUGCAGACUCCACACCCCAGCACAGCAUCGGGAGACGCCGCAGACAAUGCAGUUCACAUAGCAGAGCAAGAGAAGCUGCAGCAGGAUCUGAAAGGUCUUCAGUCAGAUUUGGGAGAGGUGUCUCGUCGCUGCGUGAGCUUCUUUGAGGAGAAACCUACCUCUUCCAGUGUGCCUGUCCUCCGCUCUGAGCUCAACCUGGCCGUGGAGCACAUAGAGAAACUCAACUCUCUCUCCUCUGUUUAUCUGCAAAAACUGAAGACGGUUGAUGUGUUGAUGAGAAGCCUGCAGGCUGCAGAAAGUCAAGUGAAAAAGUAUGAGAGUCGACUAAGUGAAGAGGAUAUUGUCCCUGCUGAUACUGCUGCGAUCCAGGCCUUGGGAGAGCAGUUAAAUAAAUGGCAUUCAGAGCUGCAGGAGCAGGAUCACAUAUUCACGAGUCUGAGUUUAGAAGUCCAGCAAGCCAAAGAAGUUGGAAACCAGCUCAACCAACUGCACCCUGACCGUAGCCCUGAACUGGACCGCUACCAGGAGAAAGCGCAGCAGCUCACGGAGAGGUGGAGUGGAGUGCGCAGGCAAAUGGAGACACGGCAAGCUGAUAUGGAGAUGCUGGGUUCGGUGCUGCAGCAGUACAGAGAAGGCCACAACUCUCUUAUCCGCUGGAUAGAGGAGACCACCGAAAAACAGGAGAACACGCAACCCGAGCAGUCGGACAGCAGAGCUUUGUCAGAGCAGCUCGCACAGCAAACGGCCUUGGUGGCUGAGAUAGAACAGAACCAGGUCAAACUGGAUGAAUGCCAGGCGUACUCUAAACAGUACUGCGCUGCUGUCAAGGACUAUGAACUCCAGCUUAUGACGUUCAGAGCUUUUGUUGAAUCUACUCAAAAAUCUCCAGUGAAAAGGAGAAGGAUGCACUCCUCAUCAGAUGUCAUCACACAGGAGUUUAUGGAUUUACGUACACGAUACACAGCUCUGGUAACACUGACAACGCAACAUGUCAAGUAUAUUAGUGAUGCACUACGGCGACUAGAGGAGGAAGAGAAAGAGGUGGAAGAGGAGAGGCAGGCACGAGUGGGCCAGGUCUCAGAGCUGCUUGGCUGGGUCAAGGGCCUACAGGAGCGUGCUGGCAGAUCUGGCGAGCCAUCAAUUGCUUCACAGCAGGCUAUUAGUGAGCAGUUAGCAGCUAAAAAAGAGGAAGUUGCGGAAGCUAUCAGGAGCACCCAAGUCUUCCUGAUGUCAAAACAGGCCAGCAAGCUGUCUCCUGAGGAGCGAGCACAGGUGGUCUCCCAGCUGGAUGAGCUGACGGCCACCUACACUCAAUUGUGUGACACUUCUGCUGCACAGUUGCAACAACUGGAGGAGCAACUGGCCAAAGAGGAGAAGCGCAAGGGCCAAGAAAUCAUCGCUGGAGUAAUUGACCUUGGCACCAUGGAAACCUUUCCAGUUUUUCAGGCAGCACAGCAUGGCCUCUUAGACCAAGACACUUGUCAUGUACUUUUGGAGGCACAAGUUGUCAUGGGUGGUCUAUUCCAGCCUGCCUCCCCUGAUAUACUGUCAUUAGAUAAGGGUCUUUCCAGUGGUUUGAUUGAUAAACAUACUUACCAUUCACUGGAAGAGUUAGAGACUGCCCUUCGUCUUGUUAAUACGAUAAAAUUUGCAGAGUGUCAGGAAUUAUCUGUAGCCACUGCUGUAAAAGAAGGUGUCAUAAAGGAGCCACUGGGGCUCCGUAUACUUGAGCUGCAGAUAAGCACUGGCAGCCUGAAAUCUGGUUCAAGUGGAGAAAUGGUCAGCCUAGAUAAUGCAAGGGAGAAGGGAUUGUUAUGCCAUGAUCUUUGUCAAAAGCUACAAUCCUGUCUUCAUCGAAGAGAACUUAUUGAUCCAAAUACAGCAGAAAAACUAAGUCUGACUGACUUUCAACAACGAUGUGUUCUCAAUCAGGAGACAGGUCUGCGCUUCUUUCCAGUUAAACAGAAGCCAGGAGGAACUGUCUGCUUAUGCUCUGGCAGAAAGGUGGGAAUUUUCCGAGCUGUUCAAGAGGGGCUUAUUGAUCGAAAUGUAACAGUUCGACUUCUAGAGGCUCAGUUGUUUGCUGGGGGUAUCACAGACCCCCGCUCGGGACACAGAUUGACUGUUAAUGAGGCUGUCAGGCAUGGCCUGAUGGAUCAGGACUUGGCCUGCACCAUCAUGACACGACAGUUACAAAAAGGAGGAAUAAUAGAUCCAGUCAGUGGGGAGCGUUUAGAGUUGGAUGAGGCCAUAAAACGAGACCUUCUCUCUCCUCGCAUUGGCUUGCGUGUACUGGAAUCUCUCCAGUCCUUUAUGGCACUAAUAAGGCCAGAAUCAGGGGAGCUGCUUCCUGUAGGUGAGGCACUUCAGCAGGGUGUUGUGAAUAAAGAGCUUGCUGCAAAAGCACUGAGAAAACGUCAUUCUGUUGGUGCAGUAUAUUUGCCUGAGAGUGGACAGGUGGUCCCUCUCCAUCAAGCUGAGAAGAUACUUAAGCAACAGGCAGUGGAGAUCCUAAAACACAUCAAGGUUCCAGAUGUUCUUCCCCAUGUGUCUCCAUCAAGUUCCUCAUAUACGAAGCGAUUGAGUUCUGGAUCUGCCUAUUCUUCAUCACCCCCUGCUACACACGCAGAUAUCAAUUAUGACUUUUCCAUCACAGAGGAAGGCAGAUCAGAAGAGCAAAAUCACUUUCUCGCUCAAGUGAUGAAACACAGCUACAUUAAUGCUCACUCUGGAGAACGCCUAGUCCUGUUAGAACCAGAAUUAGUAGAACUAAUAUGUAGAAAUGUCAAAACUGCAAAACUUACCAGACCAGUCGAACUUUCUGACAAUGUUAGAGUUAUACUGGACAGCAAAGCCAUGAGUGGGAUUGAAGAGGAAAACAAUGAAGAACUUAAAUUUGAAAUUCCCUGUAGGGAACCUUAUAUGGAAGAGACUGUAGAAAUGGCAAGGGGAGAUCUUGCACCCUUGAUGGUCACCGGGAGAACCUUUAAAGAGCCUUUGCCUAAAGUAGUUUUGCAAGAGAAAGUUCUAUCAUCUGAAGAUUAUGAACAACCCAAGAUAAAAGGAAAAAUCGCCUGCAAAAUAACUGAUACAGGAGAGGCAGUAGAAAGAACAGAAGAAGAUCUUGCACCAUUGACAAAAACAAACAUCAUAGAGCUUUCAAAUCGAGAGAUUCAACAAGAAAAGUUUUUGUCAUCAAGAGACUAUGUAGAACCUAAGAUUAAAAAAGAUGACACUGACAGCAGAAAUGCUGACAUGGAUAGAGCUAUUGAAGGAGCGGGAGAAGAUCUUGCAUGCAUGACAGGCACUGACCGAACUUGCAUAGAGCCUUCACGUGCAGAGGUUUGGCAAGAGAAAGUUCUAUCAUCAAGAGAAUGUAAAGAACCCAAGAUUAAAAAAGAUGAAGUUGAGAGCAGUAACACUAAUGUGGGUGAGAGUAUCACACUGGAAGAGAAAGAUAUUCCACAUUUGGCGGGUAAAGACAUAGCCUUUAUAGUGCCUUCACAUGAAGAGAACUUGAAGGAGAAAGUUCUGUCACCAGGAAGACAUGAAAACCCCAAGUUUUUAAAAAGUAAAAUUGCCUGGAUUAACACAGAGAUGGGUGAGACGAUAGAAAGAGCAGAGGAAGAACUUGCACCCUUGACAGGCACAGAAGGAACUUUUAUGGAGCCUUCACAUGCAUGGCAAGAGAAAGUUCUGUCAUCAAGAGAAUGUGAUGAAUUUACAGUUUUAAAAGGUAAAAUUGCCUGGACUAACACUGAUAUAGGUGAGACAGUAGAAAGUGCAGAGGAAGAUCUUACACCUUUGACUGACUCAGCUACAACUUUUAUAGUGCCUUUAAAUGAAGAGAACUUACAAGAGAAAGCUAUGUCAUCUGGACAAUAUAAAGAACCCAAGAUUAAAAACAAUAAAACUUUCAGCAAGAAGACCAAUGGUGAGACAAAAGAAAGACCAAAAGAAGAUUUAACAGGUUCAGAAAUAAACUUUACAGAACCUACACAUGAUGUUGUUUGGCAAGACAAAGUUCUGUCAUCAGGAAAAUAUGAAGAACCCAUUAUUAUAAAAGAUAAAAUUGCCUGCAAUGUCACUGGUAUGGGUCAGAUGAGAGAAAGAGCAGAGGAAGAUCUUGCACCCUUGACCCAUGCAGGUAGAGCUUUUAUAGAACCAUUAAAUAAAGACAAUUUAAAAGAGAAAGUUCUUUCAUUAGGGCAACCCAAGAUUAAAAAAGGUGAAACUGUCAGCAAGACUAACAUGGGUGAGACAAUAGAAAGACCAGAGGAAGACGCUGAAGCUUUAACAGGCUCAGAUAUAACCUUUAUGGAGGGCACACAUCAAGUUGUUCAGCAAGACAAAGUUCUGUCAUCAGGAAAAUAUAAAGAACCCUUGAUUACGAAGGGUAAGGUUAAGAUGUUAGAAAGAGCAGAGGGAAAUCUUGCACCCUUGACAGACACAGAAGGAUCUUUUAUUGAGCCUUCACCUGAGAUUUGUGAAGAAUCUGAGAUUAACAAACAAUUAACAAGUGAAAUUGACAGGAAGUAUGCUGAAAUGUGUGACACUAAAGUAAGAGGAGAGGAAGAGAUUGCACUUUUGACAUCCUCAGAAAGAAUCUUUAUGGAACCUUCACAAGAAGAGUACAGGCAAAAGAAUGUUCUGUCAUUGGAACAAGAUGAAGAGCCCAAUAUUAAUAUAAGUAAAAUUGGCAGCAGAAAGAUUGUUGUGGGUGAGGCUAUAGAAAGGACAGAGGAGUAUUUUCCACAGUCAACAUGGAUAAACCUAACAGUGCCUUUUCAUACUAGCUCAACCCUACAAAAUACUAUAACUGAUAACAAGGCUCCCUCUCAAAGUCAAAUGAUAGAUUCAACACUAAAUGAACCUAAAAAUAAGCUUCACUUGGAACAGGAAGAUAAUAGUGGGAUAUUUCUAAAGGUAACAGAACAAAAAAUGUUUGACAUUGUUGAAAGCAGUGCACUUACAUCAAAUCAAGAUACUGUAAAUGCAAGACAAUACAAUCAACUAAACAUUGAACUAGAUGAAGCCAAGAGAGCAAAGCAGUCAGAUGAAUUAAAGAAAAAUGCUGAACAAAAGGAAAACAAAAGAAUAUUUGAGAAAGAAAUUUCCCCUUCAGAAAUGAAGAUUUUGACAGUGAAACUAAGUGAUGAUGAUGUGAAGCUUGAGAGUAUGGCUAUGGAACUGCAGCAAGGGGGUCUUGUAACUGUAGGUGACCAAAAAGUUAUCUUGGAUAAAGCUGUGGCACAGGGUUUGCUUCCAGGGCACACAGCUAUUAAGCUUAUGGAAAAAGCUGGUCUCUUUGGUGGUUUUCUGGAUAUUAAUGCCUGUAAGUCACUUAGUGUUGGCGAUGUGAUGCAAGAAGGCCUGUUGGAUGAGGACUUGAUGGCCUCUGUGCUUCAUUCAGAAAGAAAUUUAGCCGGUGUGAUUGAUGUGGAGCAUGGUCGGCACUGCUCAAUAAAGGAUGCUGCUGAGGCAGGCCUGUUGGACUCAAAUACGGCUUAUCGUCUUCUUGAAGCCCAGGUUGUGUCAGGGGGAAUAGUUGAUCUGCAUAGAGAAAAGAAAUUAUCAGUUACCCUUGCAGCCAACCUUGGGCUGAUAGAAGAGGGUAGGAAGGAGAAGCUUCUUGCACUGGAAAAGUCAUGCCGGGGAAAAUGUUCAGAUCCAAAUGCAGUGCAAACCAAGUUGGCACUACAGUUACAAAUGAAAGGAGUGAUGGACCCCAAAACCAAAAAGGCUGUCCCACUGGAACAAGCCCUUCAAACUGGCUUAAUUGGACAAGAUGAGGCUGAGUCAAUUUUACUGCAGCAGGUUGCAGAAGGUGGCAUUGUGUAUCCUGGUUCUGGUGUUCGCCUUGCUGUUGUGGAUGCUCUACACCUGGGUCUCAUAGAUCACACAAUUGCGCCAAAGUUAAUGGAACUUGAAAAGGCAUUCAGAGACCAAGAACCAAGUAGUUUGGAUCAAAAAACUUCACUCCUUCAAGCCUCUUCAGGUUCUAUUUAUGAUGAUGCAUCAAAAAGUAGGAUUACUCUGAGUGAAGCUGUGUCUAAAGGGCUCCUAGAUGAAGAAACAGCAAAUAAAGCUAUGGGCUCAUCCAGUGUGAAAAGUGGAUUGUUGGAUCCUCAUAAAGCUUGUAUUGUAUCCUAUUCUGAACUGAUAAAUCAGGGUAAAAUUGACAUUGAGACACGACAGAGAUUUCUUGAGGUGAGACCUUUCAGGGGUGUUCGUCAUAAAGAAACUGAUGAAAUGAUGACUUUACCACAGGCAAUUAAGGCAGGCCAAAUAGAUCCCAUACCAGCAGUGAGAAUAUUGCAGAGUCAAGCUGACACAGGAGGUAUCAUUAACAUUUACAAUGGAGAGCGUUUGCCUCUUCCAGAGGCCAUAAAUAAAGGCUUAGUUGAUAAAGACAUGGCUAAAUGUAUUGCUACAAAUCAACUCUUAAAAGGGGGGUUGAUCAAUCCAGCCAGUGGGCAGAAGGUCUCCAAAUUUACUGAAGCAAUUGAAUAUGGGCUAAUUUCUACUGAAAUGGCUGCAGAACUUCAACACACCAUGGGCCUUGUAGAUGAAGAUGGGAAGAAAAGUUCCAAAAUAUCAGUCUCCUCAACAAAAGGAACAUCUAGUUUUUUUGUUCCAUUGAGUAUACCAUCACCACCAUCAUCAUAUCUUACAGAGGCUGAAAUAAAAGAUGCAGAUCUUCAAGAGAAGGAAGAGCUUGAAUCUUUUGACAUCCGUCCUGAUUUUGAAAGUAAGGAACAAUUGGUCGAUGCCGUGAUGCAGGACAGCAAUGAUACAUCAUUGGAGGUUCUGACAGAAUUUACCUUUAAAGCAGAAAAAAGACUUCAACAUGCCAUUAAAGAGAUAAAGCCCACAGAAAGUGAACAUAUCAAAUCACAUCCAAUCCAAAGCCCUCAGCAAUUUGAGGAGAUGUCUGAUUUCAAAUGGCAAAAGGUGGAAGUUAAUAAUUCAACAGCCUUACUUGACCACCCCAGAGAUAUGGAAAUUCAGAGACAGACAGAUAUAUUUGCAGUUACUACUGCCAUUUUAACAGAAAGCAGUGAUAACAACAAAGAACAAAUCCAAACUAACGAACAAGCUAAAGGGGAGACAGAGAUCCAAAGGCAGACAGUAAGUGAACCUGCAAUCUCUGAAGUCAGUUUCUCAAAUGGCAACGAUGGCUUGCAAAACAAGGAACAAACCUCAUCUAUAGAGCAAAUAGAGGGGCAUAGUUUCAAGUUAGAAGCAGAUCAGUCUGUGUCCAAACCAGAGAAAAUCAAGGACAGCCAAGAGACUGGAUUGGACCCUUAUGCUUCUACAACCACAAGGCCAGUUAAGGUAUCAGGAAAGAAGAAAGGCAAAGGAAAAAAUGCCAAGCAAGUUCAAAUGAAAAGUGAUGUACAGCUACAAGUUUCAGAAACCUCAGACAAAGUUUCACCUGUAGAAAAUGCAGAGGUUGAUAGACAAGAUGGCUUUACCACUAAUCAAAAGUGUAUUAUGAAAGACAACAAAGAAAAUGUGGUGGAAGUACAGCAAUCAAAGAAAACCCAUGGAAGUAGCACUGCACCUGUGACAGGGAGUGAUGAGUCUGUGCAAGGCAAAUUGGAAAUAGGUGUGGAUCGAACUGCCAAUGAAGCUAAAACCCCCAAAUGUGAGUCUGAUCAUGAAACCAAUGAAAAACAAAAAGAGAAGACUCAGCACAGUGUCAUGACUUACAUGGCAGAAACAGACCCGAGUCAGGAAGCUAUUGCGGUCUUUAAGGAACUUGGCUCUGAGGUAUCUGAAAAGAAGAGAAAGAAGAAAAGCAAAAGUAAAAAAGUUAAGCAAGUUUGUAUUGUUGAAACAGAAGGUGUAGAGAAAAGAGAUGAUGAGAUUGAGAAAGAGCAAACUGUGAUCCAAGAGGUCCAACCUCAGAGCAAUCAGCCUGAUGAGAAAGAAAGUUUGAAUCAACUUGAGAAAGCCAAUCAGGCAAUGGCACAGAAGGAAAUGCUUUUGAUGAAAGCUAAGGAAAGCAUUCUUAGGAAGGUGUUUGAGCGAGGAGUGAGUGAAAAACAAGCUGCUGAAGAAUUAGAAGCGAUGCGUCAAGUAGCUAGUUACGGAGAAUACCGCAUUACCACCCAAGAGGAAACUGUUGUAGAGAAGACCAGCACUAAGCCUCCUCAAAGUAAGACUAAGGACAGCAAACUACACCAGACGGGACAAGAAGGUAAUGAAAGGAUUGAAAGGCCAGUGCCAAAUGUUGUAGAGAAUCUUUUACCCAAGUCUGAUAUUGAUCCAUGCAUCUCAGCUAAAGCACAGCUUCAAAAACCGGAAGAUCAGCAUGACAAGCAUACAAACACAGGAUUAAGCGGAGAUGAUAUGAAUCAGAAUAUUCCAUCUGUGAAAACAUCUGAUAACACUGUGAACAUCCAGAAUUUAGAAGAGGUAGCCAAAGAAAGACCUGCAGAACAACAAAGCAUUGAGCCAUUACAUAGAGAUGAAAAGUUGAUAAGCCCUACAGUUGAAGUAACCCUGCCAUCAUCCACUGCAGUAACCGACAGCCAUGAAACUGCUAAAUCAAUACCCCUCAAAUGUGUCUUUGACAUUCCAGCAGCAAACGACUCCAGAGCACUUUUAUCAAGAGAAGUGCAUACUCCUUUACAAAACACCCAAUCAGCAGUGAAAGAAUUAAGCAGUGUAGUUCAUCAAGAAAGAAUCGAGGAGCCCCCUUUUAGUGAUUAUGAAGCCACAGAUGAACCUUCUAUCCAAAAAUGUAAAGUUUCUGGUCUACCCCUUAUGGAUGCGAUAACAGAGUCUGAUACCAAACGGAAAGAUGAGGUAGAAGAAUAUGCAGUGGCUUUAGUGGAAAGUCAACCUGGAGAAAUUCAAAUGAAUAUUGAACAAAUAAGCAAAGACACUACAAGAGCUAGCAAGUCCUCACUGGCUCGCCAAAAAUGCUUAGAACAUGACCAACAGAUUGUGGUCUUGCUUUCCAUGGUGAGACACAUCGAGGUCCGCCUAAUGCAGCAGCAGCAACAGUCUGUUGGUCGAAGUCUCUCCACACUUGAUGACAUAAUCAAACAGAUAGAGUUGCUUUUUUUGGAAAUUAGUGACCUGGAACCAGAAGUACACAAAGAGACUGAAGCAGCCGCGGAGUUGCUGGAGUCUUGCCCUCAGGAUGUUCCACCUCAGCUGCUUAUAGCCCUGGAAAAAGAUCGGCGAAGCUUAGCUCGGACUUACAGUGCAGCCAGGGACCUUGCCCAGAAUACUUUACAGGGGUUACGAGAACAACGUGAUGCACAAAAUGAAGCUGUAAGCAGUCAGCUGAAAUCUUUACAAGAUCAAGUUGACAAACUUCUUAGCUGGCUUAAGGAGACUGAGACACAAAUGCAGGAAGAAACAAGUGUAAAUGGACAAACGGUAGCCGAGAUCACUCGUAAGCAACAGUUGUGCAAGAUGUUGCAGAACUCACUCACUGCCCAGUCCAAUGAAGUCAGCAAUGUGGCAUUCAAUAUUCAAAUGUUUAUCUCUGAGCAUGCUCAGGACCUGUUGCCUGAUCAGAGCAGGCAUCUCCUUGGACAACUGGAGCAGCUACAGAGGGUCUUUCAUCAGGCUGUUGGUCUCAGUCAUGCCAGGGCAGAGGCACUGUCAGCCCUGCAGGCGAGAGAAAAUGAACAAAUGAAGAAAGAACAGAAAGUAAAAGAAGAGAAAAUGGAGAAAGAGAAGCAAACUACAAGGGAUAGAGAGGUUGUGCAGCAGCAGAAAGCAGAAUGUUCUCAAAAACUAGAAAAUCUAACAAUGUGGUUGGCUGGUGCCGCCAGCCUCCUGGCCAAUCAGAGAGUUGGAACGGAAUCAGACAAUGUGAACGAGUUACAGCAGAAGCAAAGAGAGCUUAAGGAGGUGGAGAAGGACCUUCAGACCAAAAGUGACUUGUUAAAUGAGACUAUCCGCUCAGUGGAGGAGUUCCUGUCUGAUCGGGGUGACAGUUUGAGUCCUGAGGAGAGGGCCAAACUACAGGGGACUCUUUCUCAAAUGAAAGAGCAGCACAGCUCACUUACAAAUUCAAUCCACUCUUCACUAGCUAAAGUAGACACUGCCAUUGUCACAACAGUGCAGCAGAACACACAAAAAGCUAAAGCAGAAGAGCAGAUGCAAGAAACCCAGGAAAACAUAGACACACUUCUCAGAGAGUUGUCAUCACUGGAUGACUCAAAGAGGAGGUCCCUUGGCAACACUGUCACUGACACCCCAUCAUCUGGAUCACCAGAGAAUGCUCUGAAUUGUCACAGUGACAUGCUUCAGACUGAGCUGCAACAGUUACAAGCUCAACAAGCUCACCUUCAGCAGGUGGCCCAGUCUGUUCGCUCUCUCCUGGAACAACCCGACUCUAGUGUGCCACCUGAGGAGAAACAACGCUUACGGGCAAAACUUGACCAACUACAGAGUCAGCAUCAGGAGCGCCUUCAAAACUGUCAGGACAGGCUCAGGCGGACAGAUGCCCUCAGAGAUGAGUUUACCAAGUUUGUGCAGGAGCAUGGGAACCUGGGGACAUGGUUGAAUCAGAGUGACUGCGUACUACGUACACUCGGGGAAGGGGAAACUGAUGCAAAGGGUCUAAAAGACAGGAUAGAGGAGCACAAAAAGCUCGCAGAAGAUGUCAUCUGUCACAAGGCUGAUCUGCGUUUUGUGACGAUCUCUGGUCAGAAGGUUCUGGAUUCUAUUCAGGGGUCCUUGGAGAAGGAGGGCAAUACGGAUCCAGCGCUGGAGGAAACCAGACACCUAGUGAGUGGCAAGCUCCAAGAUGCCACACAGCGCUACAGUUCAUUACACAGCAAGUCCUCAGAACUUGGCACCCGUCUCUCAGGUCUCCUAGAGCGAUAUCAACACUACCAAGAUGAGGCUGGUUCUUUAGGCUCCUGGCUGAGCACCCAGGAGCAAAAUCAGAGUGUAUUUAAACCCAGCGGAGAGCAAACGGACACUCAGACAUUGCAGCAUACUCUCAGUACUGUGCAGCUGUUGCAGGAUGAGUUGGCAGAGCGUUCGGUACAGCUUGAGAAGGUCAAGAGGGCGGGAAAAGAGCUGGUCAGCACUCCAGAGUCCCCGACUCUUAAAAAUGCAGAUAUUAACAAUCUUACAGAUGCUCUGGAGAAGCGCUUUGAAACCCUGUCUAAUUCAGUGUCUGUGAGAGCUGAGCAGCUUCAGACAGCUGUUGCCCAAUCAGUCAGUGUUCAGGAGGGACUUAAAGCACUGCUGGCAUGGUUGGAUGGACUACCUUUAUCACCCGGUGCUGUCCAGCCCACUGCUCAAGCAGUUCAGGAUGCCCUAACUCAAAAUCAGAAAAUACGCCAGGAACUGCUUUCAAGGCAGGGCAGCGUGGAUGCAACCUUGGACUCCGUGUCCAAGCUUCUGAAGUCUUCAGAUGCAUCAACAGUGUCUGGCCUGCAGGGGGCACUACAGGACUUGAGUCAGCGCUACACGGCAGCUCAGGCCAAACAGACUGAACGAGAGACCGAGUUACGGGGACUUUUGCCCAAGUUGGAGAGCUUUGAGCGCCAGAGUGCCGACCUCCAUAGCUUUACGCAGAGUCGAGAAAGGGCUCUCAGCCCAGUAGGCCAACCUGACUGCAGCGUGGAUGACUACAGACAGACUAUAGAGGAGGUGAGAUCAGAAAUUACCCAAGAGUCAAGUCAAUUAAAGUCAUUUGUCGAGCUUGGUUCAGACCUAAGCAAGUCUGGGAUCCUUGCCAACGCACAAAGCCUUUUGGACACAACCAAAGAGGUUUCUGAGGACUUUGCACGCUUGGAAUCCAAUGUCAAUGAGAGAUUUGAUUCCAUCCAGAGCUGCGUCCAGCAGCUGGCGGAGUUCCGCUCUCGCUCUGGCUCCCUCCUCAGGUGGCUGCAAACAGUACAAGAACAACUUCCUGCCAAAGAGCCCAACCUAAGCACAGAAAGCCUGCAGAGAAGAGCGCAGCAGCUUAAAGAUCUACUCACAGAAUGGGAGACCCAAGGAAACCAAGUUCAGGAGUUAAACAAGACCAGUUCACAACUGGAGAACUUGAUUAUUAACAUCACGUCUCCUAAAAACAAGACUGGUGUUUCCCAGCUCAAUGGUGCUUCCAGCCCCAACAGUGUUAAUGGCAUUCACACCUGUAAAGACUUGACUGAGAUCCAGGUGGCAGUGGCAGAUGUGAACUGCAAGUAUGAGCAGCUGGGCAGCGACCUGAGGGACAGGAAGGGUAGGCAAGAGGCCUCUCUUGACCUGCGGCAGAAGGCCAGGCAGGGCACUGAGGCACUCAUCCAGUGGCUGGGCCCCCGUGAACAGAGCCUGGCACAAGGGCAGACUGCUUCACCUUCUAGGCCAGAGGUGGUGCGUGCUCAAGCCCAAGAAACCAAGGUUUUACUUACUGAGCUUGCUGACCAUUCUGGGAAAGUGGAGGAUCUGAAAAACAUUCUCAAUCAGCUAAUAAAAGAUAAUCCAGACUCUCCUGAAGCUGAGACUUGGAAACGUCAACUUGAAGACAUAGACUCACGGUGGGCGAAAGCCAAUCAGACAGCAGCACAGAGGCAGACUGAAUUGGAAGCGUGUGCUGAUAGGCUGGGUAGUUUUGCUGCAGCAGCCAGUCAGCUAGGACCAUGGCUACGAGAGAAAGAGCUGAUGAUGAGCGUAUUAGGCCCACUGAGUAUCGACCCCAACAUGCUCAACACACAGAAACAGCAAGUCCAGUUCAUGUUACGUGAGUUUGAAACACGACAACCCCAGUUUGACCAGCUGUCUCGAGCUGCAGAAGGAAUCCUCUCCCCAUCUGGAGAUGAGGGUUCUAGAGAUGGACAGGACCUAGAAGAAGUGAGGCAGGAGCUGGCAGACAUUUCACGGCAAUGGGAAGGUCUUACUUCUCGUCUCACCGGCCGCUCGCAGCAGAUCGACCAGGCGCAGGGGACCAGUGAGCGCUACAUAGCCCUGCUCAGGGAGCUGUCUCAGAGCGUGGCUGAUCUGGGCGAGAGGCUGGAUGCACAGGCCUCUCUUAGUGCUCAGCCUGAAGCCCUGCGCCGUAGGCUUCAGGAAACUGGGGAGAUCCGCGCUGAGCUGGAACAGAGACGGGGUCAACUGGUCCAGGCUGAGCAGCUGUGUGCAGAGCUCAGCACGAUUGUGGCCGAACCGUAUCUCAGAGAUGAGUUACACAAGAGACUCGAGAGUGUGAGCGGCCCCCUCAAAAACCUAGAAGAACGGGCUGCUGAUGGCUUGUCCCAGCUGCAGUCUGCCCUGUCCAGCACUCAACAGUUCCAGCAGAUGUUUGACGAGCUUCGUGGCUGGUUAGACGGGCAGGCUGGGAAUCACACAUCUGGGGUUUCUGAAACCCUUCCUUGCCAACCUGAUGCUCUAAAGACCCUUCUGGCCCAACAAGAUGAUCUCCAGCGAGCCAUAGCACAACAGCGUGGAUCGUAUGAGCUCAUCCAGGCCGAGGGGGCAUCUCUACUGGCAUCCCUUCCCGCUGGAGAUGAGCGACUAGCUUUACAGACUCGACUAAACACCUUAAGGCAAGACUGGGAGGGCAUGAACCAACAAACCUCUAAUAAACAUAGUCGGAUAAAAGAGACGCUAUCUCGUGCUGAGCUGUACCAACAACAUCGCAAUGAACUCUUACCUUGGGUUGCAGAAUGUGAGGAAAGGGAGGCUGAGAUCCAUCCAUCACUGGAUCCCACCACUUUAGACGAGGCUUUGCAAAAGGCUAGACAGUUGAGUCUGGACUUGGAUCGUCGUCGCCCGCUCUUGGAUUCUCUGAACACAGCAGCAGAUCAGCUGCUGGAACAGAGCUGCACUGGUGAAGAGGAAGUGAGGGAUGAAAAAGCCCAGCUUAAUCGCAGGAUAGACGGUCUCUCUGAGCAACUACAGGGCCGUACGGCUCAGCUAGAAGAGCUGGGAAGCAGACUGAAGGAAUUUGAAGAUGGGAGACUGGCUGUGGAGAGAAGACUUGAGGCAGCCAAGCAUCAGAUUGAGGUUCAGGAGGCGCUUGGACCACAAGCUUGUAGCAACAAAAGCCUGGAGCGUCUGCGUAGCCAGCAGGAACUGUUAAACUCUGUACAGCCACAGGUGGUGUACCUGCGAAAUCUGGCUCAGGGGCUGCUGCAGGAUGCGCCUGAGAUCUCCAGGACCGGCGAAGAUGGAGGACAGAGGCUGCUGCAGCAGGCUUGUGAUACGGAAAAAGAUUUUGAAGAAGUCACUGAGAAGACAGAGCAAUGUUGCACGUCCUUGGAGUCCCGGUUGCAAGGUGUGGGAGAGGUCCAGUCACGUGUUCGAGAUGUUUUCUCCCGCCUGGCUGAUUUGGACGAUGAGUUGGACAGCCUUAGCCCUGUGGGGCGGGAUGCUGACUCCUUGGCCUCACAGGCUGAUGCUGUCAGGGGCUUCCUGACUCGACUCAAUGCCCUCCGUGCCGAGCUGGACGGUCAUGGUGGAGAAUGCACGACUAUGCUCCGUAGAGAGGGGAGCUCUCCUGAUCUUCUGGCCAUCAGGAGAGAGACCGAAGCCCUGAGCAGACAGGCAGGCAAGCUGGCAGAGCGGGGACAGAACCGUCUGGCACUCAUAGAAACAGCAGAAGAGCGUGUGAAAGAGUUUUACGGCCGUCUAGCUGAUCUACAAGGGUUGCUGGGACGAGCAGAGGAGGUGCUAAACACACAGGCUGUCGUGGGCACAGAAGUGGAGGUCAUUAAACAGCAGCUUCAGGAAUUCAAGGCCGUAGAAAGGGAACAGAUAGACAGCAUUCAGCCCAAACUGCAACAUGUCAACGCUGUGGGUCAAGGUCUUAUCCAGAGCGCAGCUAAACACACUGACACUCAGGCCCUGGAACAUGACUUGGAGACCACCAACCUUCACUGGAACUCCCUCAACAAGAGGGUUGCUGAAAGAAUCGCACAACUUCAGGAGGCCCUGUUACAUUGUGGGAAGUUCCAAGAUGCUCUGGAGCCACUCUUGAGCUGGCUGAGUGACACAGAGGAGCUCAUAGCCAAUCAAAAACCUCCGUCUGCUGAGUACCGUGUAGUGAAAGCACAAAUUCAGGAGCAGAAGCUGCUGCAGAGGUUGCUUGAUGACCGCCGUGGAACGGUUGAGAUGAUCAGGGCAGAAGGAGAGCGUAUCGCUGCUACAGCCGAGACACAAGAUAGAGACAAAAUCCAGAAACAACUUGAGAGCCUAGGAGAGAGAUGGACAAAUCUGCUGGAAAAGGCCAGCGCCAGGCAGCGACAGCUAGAGGAGCUGCAGGUGUUGGCGCUGCAGUUUCACGAGGCAGUGGAGCCGCUUGGUGAGUGGUUGAGUGCAACAGAGAGACGCCUGAGCUCCGCUGAGCCAAUGGGAACCCAGACCUCCAAAAUCACACAGCAGAUUGUAAGGCACAAGGCUCUCCAAGAGGAGGUAUCCUCUCGGGAGAAUGAUGUAAACCACCUUGAGACUCUCAGUCAAUCACUGCACCCGCUCAGCUGUGUGGCUGAUCGUGAUUGGCUGGGCGAACGUGUGGCAGCAGUGCGCAGCGGGCACACGGAGCUGAGCGAUUGGUGCAGUCGAAGAGAGGUCAUGCUGGAGCAGGCCCUGGCCAAUGCACAGCUAUUUGGAGAGGAAGAGGUGGAAGUCCUUAACUGGCUAGCUGAGGUGGCCCAGAGACUUGCUGAGGUCUCAGUGCAGAGUUAUCAGCCGGAGCUACUAGAGCAGCAACACAAACACACACUGGCUCUUAAUGAAGAGAUUGUCAGCAGGAAGAAGACAGUGGACCAGGCCAUUAAGAAUGGACAGGCUCUGCUUAAACAAACCACUGGUGAGGAGGUCCUGUUGAUUCAGGAGAAGCUAGAUGGCAUCAAAAGCCGCUACGCAGAGAUGACAGCGGGCAGCAGCAAAGCCCUCCGUACUCUGGAACAGGCCCUUCAGUUAGCCACGCGAUUUGCUAGCUCACACGAUGACAUCAGCCAAUGGUUAGAUAGCGUGGAGGCGGAGCUUAAUAACAUUGAGCCAGACACAACACCAGCCUAUCAGGACAGACAGAAGGAGCUGAAGUGUGUGUCUGCUGAGAAGAGGUUAGUUCUGGACACAGUGAAUGAGGUGGGCAGUGCUUUACUGGAUCUGGUACCCUGGCGUGCACGGGAAGGCCUGGACCGCUUGGUCGCCGAUGCCAAUCAGCGUUACCGCCAAGCCGAUGAGACCAUCACACAGAGAGUGCAGUUAGUGCAGGCUGCCAUCCAAAGGUCACAGCAGUAUGAGGAGGCAGUCGAUGCAGAGCUGACCUGGGUCGGAGAGACUGAGAGGAAGUUGGCGUCCCUGGGGCCUCUGAGCCUGGAGCCUGAUGUGACAGUGGCUCAACUCCAGGUGCAGAGAGCCUUUAACAUUGACAUCAUCCGUCACAAAGACACCGUGGACCAACUCCUUAAGACACGAGAGGACAUCCUGGAGAGAUGCAGCGAACAACAGAGAGAGGCUUUGAAGGUGAAGACGGACUCUUUAAGUGCUCGUUAUGAAGCAGUAAAUCAGAAUCACGCUGAGCGCUUCUCAGCUCUAGAGCAGGCUCAGGUGCUAGUAGCACGGUUCUGGGAGACAUAUGAGGAACUUGAACCCUGGCUUGGCGAGACAGAGGCUCUGAUUACACAGUUACCCCCUCCUGCCAUUGACACAGAAGCACUCAGACAACAACAAGACCAGAUGAGGCUUCUGAGAGAGUCCAUCGCUGAGCAUAAACCUCACAUAGAUAAACUGCUAAAGAUCGGCCCACAGUUGGCAGAACUGAGUUCCCAGGAAGGGGCAACAGUAAGACAACGUUAUAAUGAAGCAGAGAGACGUUACCUCAACAUCAAAGAGGAGGUCAAAGGUCGAGCGACAGCACUGGAUGAAGCUGUGUCACAGUCUGUCCAGCUGGUAGAGUUUCAUGAUAAGAUGGACCCUCUGUUGGAGACUUUGGAAGGUGCUGUCCAACGCUUGCGGCAACCUCCUCCAGUGGCAGCUGAGGUGGAGAAGAUCCGGGAACAGCUUGCAGAACAUCGGGCAACAGGACUAGAGCUUGACAAACUUCUUCCAUCUUUCAGCACCCUGUGUGCCCGAGGAGAAGAGCUCAUUGGUCGCGCCCCUCAUGACGAUCCCGCCGCCCAGGCGGUGCGUUCACGUCUCUUGCGGCUGCGCUCUCUGUGGGAUGAGAUCAGGCAGAGGGCAGAGGAGAGAGAAGGAAAGCUCCAGGAUGUUCUAGAUCUGGCCGGAAAAUUCUGGGCUGACAUGGCCGCUCUUCUAAGCACACUCCGUGACUCUCAGGACAUUGUGAAAGAUCUGGAGGACCCAGGGGUGGAUCCUUCACUUAUAAAACAACAAAUAGAGGCAGCAGAGGCCAUUAAAGCAGAGACAGAUGGAUUGAGGGAAGAACUGGAGAUUGUACGAACACUUGGAGCUGACCUCAUUUUUGCCUGCGGAGAGACUGAGAAACCAGAGGUCAAGAAGACCAUCGAUGAGAUGAAUGCAGCGUGGGAAGGCUUGAACCGCACAUGGAGAGAGAGAAUGGAGAGACUGGAAGAGGCCAUGACUGCCUCUGUGCAGUACCAGGAUGCUCUUCAGGGAAUGUUUGACUACUUAGACAAUGCUGUUAUCAAACUGUGCGACAUGCCAGCUGUAGGGACAGACCUCAGCACCGUUAAACAACAAAUCGAAGAGCUCAAGCAAUAUAAAGUGGAAGUUUACCAGCAGCAGAUUGACAUGGAGAAGCUUUGCCACCAAGGAGAGCUGCUGCUCAAAAAAGUAAGCGACCAAACAGACAGAGACAUGAUUCAGGAGCCUCUCAUUGAGCUACGCCACCUGUGGGACAACCUGGUGGACAAAAUCACAAUCAGACAGCACAAACUGGAGGGUGCGCUGUUGGCUCUAGGUCAGUUCCAGCAUGCUCUUUCUGAACUGCAGUCUUGGCUCAGUCACACACACGCCACACUGGACACACAGCGGCCCAUUAGCUCUGACCCCAAGGCCAUCGAAAUUGAGCUGGCUAAGCAUCACGUUUUAAGAAACGACGUUCUGUCCCAUCGGGCUACAGUGGAGGCAGUGAACAGCGCAGGCUCUGAGCUGCUGGAGUCCAGUCCUGGAGACGAAAUCAACCACCUGAGAGACCAGCUGGAAGAGCUCAACCGCAGCUGGAAGAACCUUCUGCUGAAGACUGAUGAGAGGCAGAAGCUUUUGGAAGCUGCCCUGCAACAGGCGGAGGGUUUCCAUGGAGAGUUGGAGGAGUUUCUGCAGUGGCUCAGACGCACAGAGAGUCAGCUGUCCGCUGCCAAACCCACAGGUGGCCUGCCUGAGACCGCCAGAGAGCAGCUGCAGCAACACAUGGAGCUCCAGGCUCAGUUGAACCAGAGGAGUGAGCAGUACCAUCGGCUACUGGAUAAGGGAGAGUCCAUUUUGCUGGCCAGAGGCGGGGAGGAUGCUGGACCUGGUACCACCCAGACCCAACAGAACCUAGCCAUGCUACAGAACAAGUGGGCCAGUCUCAAUGCCAAAAUGGAUGACAGAAGGGGGAAACUGGAGGAAGCUGUCUCAUUGGCGACAGGAUUCCAGACCUCCCUGCAGGACACCAUAAACUGGCUGACACAGGCAGAGCAGACUCUCAACAUGGCUCAGCCACCCAGCCUCAUUCUCGACACCGUACUAUUCCAGAUAGAUGAGCACAAGGUGUUUGUGAAUGAGGUGAACACUCACAGAGAACAAGUUCUGGCUCUGGAAAAAGCUGGUUCUCAGCUGCGGUUUGCCAGUCUCAAACAGGAUGUGGUUCUCAUUAAGAACCUGCUGCUCAGUGUGCAGGCCCGCUGGGACAAACUGGUGCAGAGAUCACUAGACCGAGGACGCCACCUGGAUGAGGCCCGCAAGAGAGCCAAACAGUUUCAUGAGGCCUGGAGGAAACUGACAGACUGGUUGGAGGAAGCAGAGAGCAGGCUGGACUCUGAGCUGGAAAUCUCUAAUGAGCCUGACAAGAUUAAAGUCCAGCUGGCCAAACAUAAGGAGUUCCAGAAGUCUCUUGGCUCCAAGCAGCCGGUCUAUGACACCACAGUGCGCUCUGGGAAGGCCAUGAGAGACAAGGCCACACUGCCAGCAGACACACAAAAACUGGACAACUUGUUGGGCGAGGUCCGUGACAAGUGGGACACAGUUUGCGGAAAGAGCGUGGAGAGGCAACAUAAGUUGGAGGAAGCCCUCUUGUUCUCAGGUCAGUUUGCUGAGGCUCUCCAGGCACUUGUUGACUGGCUGUAUCGUGUGGAACCUCAGCUUGCAGAGGACCAGCCUGUCCAUGGAGAUCUGGAUCUUGUUUCCAAUCUAAUGGAUUCCCAUAAGGUCUUCCAAAAAGAGCUGGGAAAAAGGACAAGCAGUGUGCAGGCUCUGAAGCGGUCUGCUCGAGAGCUGAUGGAGACAGGCCGGGACGACACUGCCUGGGUCAAGGUUCAACUUCAGGAGCUUAGCAACCGCUGGGAAACAGUCUGUGCCCUGUCUGUUUCUAAACAGACCCGGCUCCAACAAGCUCUCAAACAAGCAGAAGAGUUCCGCACAGCUGUUCAGAUGUUACUGGAGUGGCUUUCCGAGGCGGAGCAAACAUUGCGUUUCCGGGGCGUCCUACCAGAGGAGGUAGAGACUCUGCAGGCACUAUUGCACACGCACCGGGAUUUCAUGCAAACGGUGGAGGAGAAGAGAGUGGAUGUGAAUAAAGCUGCUGGCAUGGGUGAAGCCAUCCUGGCUGUGUGCCACCCAGACUGCAUCACAACCAUCAAACACUGGAUCACCAUCAUCAGAGCUCGCUUUGAGGAGGUGCUGACAUGGGCCAAACAGCACGAGCAGCGUUUGGAGACGGCUCUAACUGAAUUGCUCAACAAUGCUGCACUACUGGAGGAGCUGCUGUCAUGGCUACAGUGGGCGGAGACCACACUGGUGCAGCGUGAUACUGAACCACUCCCCCAGGACAUCCCUCAACUGAAGACACUAAUCACAGAGCAUCAGGUGUUCAUGGAAGAAAUGACCCGAAAACAACCCGAUGUUGACAAAGUAACAAAAACAUACAAGAGGAAACCUGCAGAACAUCCCAGCAGCCUUUCAGACAGGAGAGGGAACCGAAAACACCAGCAGCAGCAGCAACAGCAGCACUCAGUACAGGUAACCAGUGGUAACCCUCGGCUCACCCAGCUCUGCUCCCGCUGGCAGCAAGUGUGGCUGCUUGCCCUCGAUCGCCAGCGCAAGCUGAAUGAUGCUCUCGACAGACUAGAAGAGCUUAAAGAAUUCGCCAACUUUGACUUUGAUGUGUGGAGGAAGAAAUACAUGCGCUGGAUGAACCACAAGAAGUCUCGAGUCAUGGACUUCUUCCGACGUAUCGACAAGGACCAGGAUGGAAAGAUCACCCGCCAGGAGUUCAUCGACGGCAUCUUGGCAUCAAAGUUCCCUACCAGCAAGCUGGAGAUGACAGCUGUUGCUGAUAUCUUUGACCGUGAUUGUGACGGCUACAUCGACUACUAUGAAUUUGUGGCUGCUUUGCACCCCAACAAAGACGCUUACAGACCCACAACAGACGCUGAUAAAAUCGAGGAUGAGGUCACCAGACAAGUGGCCCAGUGCAAGUGUGCUAAGAGGUUUCAGGUGGAGCAGAUUGGAGAGAACAAGUACAGGUUCUUCCUUGGGAAUCAGUUCGGAGACUCGCAGCAGCUGCGUCUUGUACGAAUCCUGCGCAGUACCGUCAUGGUUCGGGUUGGAGGAGGGUGGAUGGCGUUGGAUGAGUUCCUGGUGAAGAACGACCCAUGCCGAGUGCAACAUCCAGGACUUAAAAUCCUCCGUUCUGACUCCAGCAGCUCCAUAUCAUCUCGCAUAGUGACGGUCACUCCUGGCUAUUUCUGCUGCAGAGCUCGUGGACGUACCAACCUGGAGCUUCGAGAAAAGUUCAUUCUUCCAGAGGGAGCCACGCAGGGUCUGGCGGCCUUCCGGUCCCGGGGUCGGCGAUCCAAGCCUUCGUCGCGCACGGCUUCGCCCACCCGUUCAUCUUCAUCCGCGUCGCACAGCGCCCACAGCUGCGCCUCUCUGCCCUCGGCGCCCGCGACGCCUACAGCCUCCUCAAGGUCCUCCCAAUCCCAAUCUCGUGGCUAUGCCAAGCCCUGGCUGGCACACAGUAAAACUCCAACACCAACCAAGUGCCAGUCCUGCCCAGAGCACAGCCAGACCCCUGGGCAUGAGGGAGGCUCCACAUCUAAACUGAAAAGACCAACUUUCCAUUCCAGCCGUGGCUCUUUAACCGGUGAGAACGGUGGAACGCCAACAGCUGCUAAACCUGGACGCUCCGACACCAAACGCACUCCGUCCUCGACGAGCGGCCCGGCCAGUCGAGCGGGGAGUCGCGCCGGGAGUCGCGCCAGCAGCCGAAGAGGCAGUGACGCUUCAGACACGUCUGAGCUCAUGGAGACGCGCUCGGCUUGCUCCGAUACCUCAGACACCCCUCGCCGGCCUGGGGCCAAACCCUCCAAAAUCCCCACCAUCUCCAAGAAGGCCCCCAGCCCCAAAACACCAGCGGGCAAAAAAUGAAGCAUCCACCCGAUCGGUGAGGUGCUUGUGAUUUAACCAGCAGGAGGAGAACAGCAACACGGCCAGACCUAACCUCUCCAGCGUCCAGCACACUGCUACACCACCCUGAUCAAUACCUACCAUAAUGCUGCCUUAUUUGUGUUCUACAUCACGUCCUUACUUUGACUGACAUUGCGUUUUCUUGAAUGUGCGAUGGAGAACGUCCUGUGUGAGCAGACCUAUAUCUUCACAGACACUCGGGAGGGGGCGUCAGUUCCGCACCAGGGGUUUUCACUAUUCUUAACUACGAAUAUGCAACCGCCCGUCACUCUCCAAACCUCAUGCAUGGUUGUCACACGGUCGCCCUUCUCAAGUGUUUGCAGAGCAGUCUCGCCGGAGUGUCUGCGGCACGGCGAACAAGAGGAAAUCAAUUCAAAAACUGAGACCUCUUUCUCCCGGAAACUUUUUGGACUCAUGUAUGUUUGUGCGUAUGUAUGGUGUGGUAGUUCCUGUCAUGGUAAAUUAACACAGUAAUACGCAGAGGAAGUGGAGGAGGAUACAUAUCUCUGGCCUUCCCACGGUGUGAAGAUUCUUGAAGACUAGAUCCUUCACGUCACACGUGAUCCUUUUAAAGGAACUCUUACAGCGUGCAGCACACGUUCUCCAGUUAUGCAUAACUGCAGUCUAGUUAUGUCCUUUUGUUACAGACAUCAUGUUACAGAGCUUUUCCACAGUAUGCAAAAAUGAUUACAAUUGUGAAUGUUCGUUUCAUGGUUAAUUUAUAAUCCUGACAUUUUUGUUUCUUUUCUAGAGUAAAGAGCUGUAUUUAUUUGUGAUUGCAGUAUCAUAUCAACUCUUAAGAAUGACUAGUAUUAACACAACCGGAAUCGCUCUUGGUUUCGUUUUUUUUGUACAUCCGCUCCUGACGUAAUGAAUUUCUCCGACUGAUGUUAUAACUGACCAGGAAGCUUACUGAUUCCAAUGGUGGCCUUUUUGCCGGUGACUACACACUUUAGAUGACGUCAAAAGUGGCUUCCUACUUGUUCUUUCGUGACGGAAGCACCCCUAAAUAAUGAACGGCGGGGGCGACUCGCAUAGCCCCCCGUUAAAAAAACGGAGCUUUGAAUCUUGUCUUCGACAAGCUGAAGUAUAUGAAUACCUGAAGAAAGGUGAUUUUUAUUUAUUUAUUGUGUCAUUUGGGAGGGAGGUGAGGGCUGUGAAAGGAUCCACCUUUUUGAUUGUGUUACUCUUUUGACAUGACUGAGAGAAACAGGGGUGCAAUUGUGUAAAAGUAAAGAAGUUAUGAUUAUAAAUCCUUUUUGUUCUCUUUUGUAUUAAAACAAUGCUUGCAGUAAA